AUUCAGAAUCAGCUGCAUAUAGAAAUUAAGGUCAGAAUAAUACAGAAAACACGACCAGUGAUAUUAGACCUGGCUUUUUUUCCUUUUUAGACAUAAUGGCUUUACUACCAAUAAUCCUUUCCAGCCUAUUAAUGAUAGAAUUUGUUCUAGGAAACUUUGCCAAUGGCUUCAUAGCACUGGUGAACUGCACUGACUGGGUCAAGAGACAAAAGCUGUCCUGCACUGACCGAAUUCUCACUGCUCUGGCGGUCUCCAGAAUUGGUUUACUCUGGGUAUUAGUAUUGAAUUUGUAUGCUACUGUGUUUAAUCUGGCAUUCUAUAACACAGAAGCAAGACUUAUUAUGCAUAUUGUCUGGGUAGUAAGCAACCAUUGUAGCCUCUGGCUUGCUACUAGCCUCAGCAUACUUUAUUUGCUCAUGAUAGCCAAUUUCUCCAAUCGUUGUUUUCUUCAUCUGAAAUGGAAAGCUAAAAGAGUGGUUCUCAUGAUAUUUUUGGGGACUUUGAUCAUCUUGGUUUGUCAUAUUGCAGUGAGUAGCAUAGAGGAAGCAAUGGCGAUGAAUGUAUAUGAUAGAAACAUCACUUGGGAAACCAACAUGUUGGAUAAGGUACACAUUUCAAGUGUGACUGUAUUCAUACUUGUAAACUUCAUACCCUUUACAAUGUCCCUGACAGCUGUUUUGCUGUUAAUCUUUUCCAUGUGGAAACAUGUCAAGAAGAUGCAACUCAAUGGCAAAGGAUCCCAAGAUCUCAGCACCAAGAUUCACGUAAGAGCCAUGCAUACUGUGAUCUCCUUUCUCUUGCUGUUUGUCAUUUUCUUCGUGUCUCAAAUCACUUCACUUUUGAAUUCUAGUACUCUACAGAGCAUUUCAGUUCGCACUUUUUGCGAGGUUCUUGGAUUGAUGUAUCCUUCAAGCCACUCAUUCAUCUUGAUUUUUGGGAACAAGAAACUACGACAGGCCUUCUUGUCAUUUCUAUGGCAGCCGAGGUGCUGGCUGAAUAAGAGGAAAUAA